UUUGUGGUUGUUAUGGUUUGUUUAAUCGCAGGAGCCAUUGAAAUGAAUUACUUGUUGACCACUCCAUGGUUACAUCAUAUUAAGCAGUUUAGUUCAGUUUCAGUUUUUGUUUGGAGAGAAAUUCGUCUCACGGGGAUUUUUUUUAGUUCUGUUUGAUACAUCAACUACAUUCUACAAGACCAAUAAAGCAUUGCCAACAUGUCGAAGAAGGGAGCUGCAUCUGCAUCUAAGGGUUUACCAAAAAUUUCUAGUAAUCCGGACUUAAGAAAAAUUAAUACAUCACCGCGAAGGCCUAGUGUCGCCAAGCCUGGUGUCGCCAAGCCUAGGCCCUUAACCACCUUUUCUGGUAGAACACAGCCGAUGGGCAUCAAGCACCCUCUGGAGGUCCAAUUUUUUAAGAAAAGGAAGAAUCUUAUUGCAGUCACCAAAGAAAUUGAAGAUAAGCAAAAUACAGCUCUUAAAUUGCAUGAGACCUUGAUAUUGCUAAAACACAAAUUAAACGAAAUAGGAAAAGAUGCUGUUAUAGAAGAUCUUGGAAUCUUUGAACAAAAGAAACCUGCUGUAAAGCCUCCGGAGGUAGAGCAAGAGCAGGGCGCUGGUGAAACAAUUCCAGAAGAUAUUUUGCAAAGCAUGAAAACGUGCAUUGAAGAAAUACCACGAAAAUUAAUUGAAUUCUGUCAAAAUAUACUUGGUGGUCGCGGAUCCAUUGUAGAACUGCUCGAAAAGGUGACCAAGUCCGAAACAGGCGAUGUCGUUGAUCGUAUCAAACAGAUAAAAACUGAGGGUACUGGGUUACAUAAAAAAUUAGACGUAAUGGUAGACAUGCAUGAAAAGAAAGUUAAAGAAGUUAUGACAAAAUUACAGACACUCGUUAACAAUCCUGACAAUGACAAGGAUAGCAAGAAACAAGGCAGUAAAGUCGUUAAAGAUCUUGAACAAAAAGUUAAGAAACUAAAAGAAGAUGUUGAAUUGCAAAAGAAAUGUGUAGUAGAACACAAGAACAGGAGCAGUAUGAACGCCCAAACGAUCAAAAUAAUGAAGGUUAAAAUGGGCGCGAUGGAAAAUAAAUUGAAAAAUGAAGAGAAGGAAAACGCUAACCUUGCUAAAAAACUAAAAGAAGCCCAGGACACUUUAAAAUUGAGGGAAUCCAAAUUACUGAAAGAAAAGGACGACCUACGUAAAACAGUAAAACAGCAGGAACAAAUAUUGCACAAAAUUACUAAUGACAAGAAUGACUUGGAGAUCAAAUACAGACACGCGGAGAAGAAAACUGGUCAGACAGAGGAAACACUUUUAGUCGAAAUCUACAAUGUCAAGAAAGAUCUAAAUGAGACAAUUCGCGAACUGGAGGAACAAAAGAGGCUUAACCAGAAAAUGUUUGUACAAUUCGAUGUUGUGAAAUUCCAUAUGCAUAAUAUGAGAAUUACAAACAAAACGGAUAUAGCCGGUAAUUCUCUCCAGGACGAUGACUUAGAAGAAUACAGAGAUUCUAUUGCCUCAAAAUUGUUAAUUGACCAGUUAAAGGAAAGGAUUAAAGAACUAGAACAGGGUAAAACAGAGAAAGAACCUACUCCAACAUCUAUGCAAGAGAAAAUUUUACUAUCCCCGAAUAGUGAAAAUAUGAUACGAGGUAUGAAUGAAUCGUGGUGGAAAGUCGUAAAAGAACUUAAGGAAAAUGUUACUGCAAAGUUGAGUGAAUUGACAAAAGUUACCUCAGAAAUCACACAUGUACAAAAUAAGAAGAAAUCAAUGGAAGAUGAAAGUAGUCGUCCUUCUACUCGUCAAUUAAAUAAAAUGUUGGAAAAAUAUUGUGACAACUCACUUGAUCUUAUGCGAGACAGAUUAGAAUGCGAGAAAAAGAUAACCAACUUUAAAGCGUUAAUUGAGAAGCAGCAAAAACGUAUAAACGAAAUGGAAAGUCUACUUAAAUACCGUGAAGCUAAAAUGGACCAGUUGGUUAAGUCAUAUGAUGAUCUAGUAAUGGAAAAAGAUAUUUUGAUCGAGCUGGUGGAAGAGUUACAAUCAUGUUCGAAAGAAUUAAACUACGACUGUAAAGUUAAAGAUCAAGUGAUUAAAAAUCUUCAAGAAAUGAUCGAUCGUCGCGUCCGCUCUAUGAUGACUUUGAAAAAUUUAGACAAAAAUUGUGAAAUCCCCGGAGACAGUGAACAAAUUUGAAAAAAUAAAAUUAUUAAAUACAAA